CCACAAUCCCCAGGGCCCAGGAGUGCCAGGAACCCCCUUCCUUUGCCUUCAACCCUUUCGUCUCUCUUCCGAAUUGCAGUACUCAAAACGAAAAUUCACUGGCCCAUGAGCUUCUAAUGUUUCACCCGCGGCUUCGAAAUUUUGGCUAACCAUCCCCAAAGCCUCCCUGUCAUACAUGCCCCCCUACCAGUGGCAGGGUCCACGGGCAUAACAGCCACACAGGGUUGCAUUCCUCGGCUCUUGUCUGUGAACUGAACAUUACGUUGAAAGACGGACACGCACUCAUUGCGGCGGGGAGGUAUGGCUCGGUGGCAGUACCGUGAUGUCAGCGAGAAUGAUGCUUUGCUGGAAGAGUCGGGCAUUGCAAGAGAGGCUGGCACGAUGGCAAAAGAUCACUGCUGGCUCAGCAAUGCGGAAGAUGCGGCAGAUAUAAAAUCCAAAUGUAGAGCCACCGACCGUGACUGGGGUGAGAGAUUUACAGCCAAAGCAGAGCAAACGGCGGCUCGCAGUGAUCUACGUCUUGAAACACGGGGUCGCAGAAACGUCCACAUUGAUUGGCGAUUUGAUUCUAUUUCAUCAAGACAGUCAUUUUUUGAAACAGUCAAUCACUUCCUCCAUUCCCCAAAAAGCUUCGUCAUGGUAGCUUUCAGCGCUGGAGCGCUCCUCCUCACGCUACGAGUGCUUCUCACGGCCUCGUCAGCAUCUGCUGCCCCCAUCGCGCAGCCACAAACGCCUGCACCCCCUGCCUCUGGAUCAGGCUUCUGGAUCGGGGAUAUCAAACGCCAGGGCCAGGUUGCUUUUGGCGGGAACACGAGCUAUACCAUUUUCCGCAAUGUCAAGGAUUUCGGCGCCACAGGUGACGGUACGACUGAUGAUACCGCUGCCAUCAACCGUGCAGUCAGUGAGGGAGGCCGAUGCGGAGAGGGCUGCGACUCUUCCACGAUCACUCCUGCUAUUGUUUACUUCCCUCCCGGUACCUAUGUAGUCAGCGACCCUAUCAUCCAGUACUACUACACUCAGUUCAUUGGUGAUGCGAACCAGCUACCUACUAUCAAGGCUUCUGGCACCUUCAAGGGUAUGGGGAUGAUCGACGCCGACCCUUACAUCGAGGGUGGUAAUGGCGCCAACUGGUACACGAACCAAAACAACUUCUACCGCCAGAUCCGUAAUUUCAUUCUCGACAUAUCUGCUGCCCCGGGUCCGGCUUCCGCCAUCCAUUGGCAAGUCUCCCAAGCCACUAGUCUCCAGAACAUCAAAUUCGUCAUGGAAAAGGGUGAGGCUGGCGCGCAGCAACAGGGUAUCUUUCAGGACAAUGGAUCUGGUGGCUUCAUGGCCGACCUCACCUUCACUGGUGGUAAAAUCGGGGCGUUCCUCGGUAGCCAGCAGUUCACCACUCGCAACCUCACCUUUAACGACUGCGGCGUUGGUAUUUACAUGAACUGGAACUGGCUGUGGACUCUCAAGUCGGUUACGUUCAACAACUGCAAGGUCGGUCUCGAUAUGGCCAACGCGCCCGAGAACCAGACAGUUGGCUCCGUCAUCCUCAUGGACAGCAAAUUCGUCGGUACACCAAUCGGCGUCAAUACGUCUUUCUCCCAGGAUAGCAUCCCUCACACUGGUGGCUCACUUAUCCUAGACAACGUCGACUUCACUGGAUCUAAUACCGCCGUUCAGGACUUCACUGGCAAGGCUAUUCUCCCUGGUGGAAAGGAGGUCUCCAUGUGGGCUCAGGGAAAUGCUCUCGCGGCUGGUGCUCAGCUUGGUCGCGUCCAGGGUGAUGUCUCUGGGGCUCCCCAGAAGCCUGCUAGCCUCCAGGGUACCAAUGGUUUCUUCGAACGCAGCAAGCCGCAGUACGAGAACGUUGCUGCCUCUUCCUUCGUCAGCCUCAAAGCUGCCGGUGCGAAGGGUGACGGUCAAACCGACGACACGAAAGCGAUUCAAGAUGCUAUCAACAGUCUUGAAGAAGGCCAGAUUCUUUACGCUGACCAUGGCGCAUAUCUCAUCAAAGAGACCAUCGUCAUCCCCGCCGAGAAGAACAUCAAGAUGACUGGUGAGAUCUGGCCGUUGUUCAUGGCAACGGGUGACUUCUUCAAAGACCAGGCCGAUCCCAAGCCGGCUAUUCAAGUUGGUGCUCAGUCAGGCGACAAGGGAUCUUUCGAGAUGAGCGACAUCAUUGUCACCACUGCGGGACCUGCCCCUGGCGCCAUCCUCAUGGAGUGGAACAUUAACGGAAAUGAAGCUGGAACUGCUGGCCUCUGGGAUGUUCACUUCCGUGUCGGUGGUUUCGAAGGCACCCAACUCCAGUCAUCCAACUGCGCAAAGAACCCCAAUGCCACCCACCCCCCUAACGAAGAGUGUAUCGGUUCUUUCAUGCAACUCCACGUCACCAAGCAAGCCAGCGGGUACUUCGAGAACGUCUGGCUAUGGACCGCCGACCACGAGCUUGACCAGGACGACCACGGCCAAAUCGACAUCUACAACGGUCGCGGUAUGCUCGUCGAAUCUCAAGGGCCCGUCUGGCUCUGGGGCACUGCAUCCGAGCACUCGCAGCUCAGCCAGUACCACUUCCAAGGCGCAAAGGACAUUUUCUUCGGCGCCAUCCAGACCGAGACGCCCUACUACCAGCCCAACCCCUCCGCCGCCGUUCCCUUCAAGAAGAACGACAAAUACUUCGACCCCGACUUCGAAGCCUGCACGACCGAAGCAUGCAAGUCCGCCUGGGGCGUCCGCAUCAUCGACUCGGAGAGCAUCUGGAACUACGGCGCCGGCGUGUACUCGUUCUUCUCCAACUACGACCAGAAGUGCGUGCCCGGCCAGAACUGCCAGUCCGACAUCAACCAGAUCGAGAACUCCACCAACGUCAACAUCUUCGCGCUCUCGACCAAGGCGUCCGUCAAUAUGAUCACCUCCGGCGGCCAAGGCAUCGUCAAGGACGAGGACAACCGCUCCAACUUCUGCGCUACGCUGGCUAUCUUCGCCCAAGCUUAACUCGCUCCUUCCCGAUCUUGAUGAUGGGAUCACGUGGGUGCCUGGUCGUUACUGCCCAUGCAGCGACUAGAUCUUUCUUCGUUUUCGUCUUCUAUUCUCUUCUUUCCCUAAAACAUCUUGAUUGAUGCUCGGGCCUUUUGUUCUUUCUUUUUCCCCUUUCUACAUGUCUCUUGACGUCCACCCGCCCCGCACGCUUCCUCGCACUCCGCAAACACAUUUCAAGGCACGAAUACAUGUCCAUAUCCUACCCCAUCUCCAUCCACCAACUGAGCGUCGGGCGGGGUGGUUGUCAAGAACGACGGUCGAAAGUGGACUGAACUGUACAUGAUAUACCCAAUUUGUCUCCUUGUUUUUUUCUUCUUACUUCGCCACUGCCGCUUCAUGGCGGCUAGCAUAGCUUUUAGCAUAGCAUAGCACACGAUGCAUGGUCGCGUGAUGCAUGAAACAUGAAAAAUCUA